UUUAAGCAGCCAUUUUAUUCAUUUUCAUAAAUCACAUGUUGUCGCAUAUAAGGACCAAAGUGCGUUGAAUUAGACAACAUAAAGACGCGUGUCAACCUAGUUUUGACUAGAAACUAUGAUAAAACAUAUUUUGUCUUGUAGACUAAUCUGACAAGGUGUGAUAUUUGCGAUUUCAAAUUCAGAAAACAUACUUUGAUUUUGAGGACAGAGAAUCGUAACCAACGACGCCUACCAGCUUCAGCAACAAAAACAAAGUCAAAAGACUGAAAAGGAAUGAGAUUCUCUAAAUGAUUAAAUAUUAAGAACGAAAUCCAGUGAUGUCUAAGCAUGAAUUGAUGUCUUACAAGAUUGUUGUGGUUGGAGAUGGAGGCGUGGGAAAAUCAGCUCUCACCAUCCAGUUCUUUCAGAAGAUGUUUGUAGAGGAUUAUGAUCCUACAAUAGAAGACUCAUACAUUCAACACACAGAAAUCGAUGGCAAGAUGUGUAUAUUAGAUGUUCUGGAUACAGCAGGACAAGAAGAGUUUAGUGCUAUGAGGGAACAGUACAUGCGGAAGGGUGAUGGCUUCCUGUUAGUGUAUUCAGUAACAGACAGACAAAGCUAUGAGAAUGUACCAAGUUUUCAUACACAAAUCCUUCGUGUAAAGGAUCGAGAUGACUAUCCUAUGAUUCUGUGUGCCAAUAAAGUAGACUUGGUUAGUCUGAGGAAAGUAUCUGAGGAGGCUGGGAGAGAUAUGGCUUCACACUUAAGGAUUCCAUAUUUAGAAACUAGUGCUAAAGAGAACAUAAAUGUGGAUCUGUCCUUUCAUGAACUGGUCAGAGUUAUAAGGCAACAGCCUCCUGAUUACAAGAAAGAAAGACGACGUCUUGGGAAGAAAAAGAGGAAAUGUACCAUACUGUGAUCAUCAUCAGACUUGUCCCACCUGUUUAUGUACUUACCAUGAUUGUAGAAGUUGACAAAUAUUCCACAUAAUUAGUUCUGUUAAUUUUAUGAGCACAAAAAUCUAGUCAUCAAUUAAAAGAAUAUAUAAAUAAAUGUGUAUAAAUAUGUUAAUAUCAUGUGUAUAAAUUUGUUAACAUGAAUAAUGUCUGGAAGCCACAUGUGGACACAUUUGAGAAUUUCAGUGAAUUGAUCACAAUAUAUUUUAUUCCUUUAAAAAACAAUUUAAAAAGCAUUUAUCUCAUUCCUGUAUUCCAAUUAGUUACACUGAAAAAAUAUGAAAGAUAAAACAAUUAAAUAAAAUUCAUUUUUUUCAUAGGGAAAUGAUAAGAUGUUUAAUAGAUUUAGAAUAUAUGAAAACUAAAUCCAGAUAAUACCAUAAUGAUGAAUUCAUGAUCGUCCUGGAUUUUAUUCCCUAUUCCACUGCCUAUCUUGGCAGGGACUGGUAAAUUGUUUUUAAUUUUCUCAAGUGGCACAACCAUUAAUUUUUAAAUGCAUAAUCUGUCUAGAAGGGGAGACAACUGGAAUAUGACUAGAAGUUCAUUGAUGUUUCAAUGUUAAUACAUAAAAGUUAUGAUUAUAAAAUAUUGUUAAGUUUCAGUUGUGAGUAUUUUUUAUAAGGUUAUUUUGUUUAUGGUUGUAACUUGCUAGUACGCCUAGUUAUUGUUUAAGUGUACAGAGUUUGGAACAGAGAAACCACAAAUAUAUACAAACUGGAAUUUUUUAUUAACAAGGAAGAUAAAUGUCCUUCAAAAUUGGAAUUUUUAUGUCAGGAAAAAAAUUACUACCUUCAAAACACAUAUUUGGUCAUGUAUAUUAUUUUAAGAAAUGCAACAUUAAGCUUACAAAAACCUAGAUAAUUUAUUACGAAUAUUUGAUGUUGAUAAAUGUCUAAUUUUUUGCCUUUUUAAAAUUACAUGUAAUGUUUUAACUACCUUCUGUGUUAAAUAAAUCACAACCAGAGCUAAGGACAUUCCAAAGAAAUGAACUGUUUUACAGGUUUUGUUUUCAAGGAAUCAUAUACAGAUUUCAUUUGAGCAAUUAAAAAAGUUAUUCAAAAGUCUAAACAGGCCAAAUCAUAUAUUUAUAUCUAUCACUGAAAUUGAAGCUGGUCAUUUACCUGUAAAUAAUUACAUUACAUAUAUGUUUCACGAGAAUUUCUUAAAUUUGAUUGGCUAACAACAAUUGCGCGUCAUUCAAAAAUUAACCUUCAUAUCAAAAUGAAAUGUUACAUUCGUGAUGACACGUGCUUCUACAAAAAGUGCACAGGUAAAUAAAAGGAAAACUUGAUAAAACUUUUUUUCAUGGUCUUAUUAGCAUAAAAAUGUAAUAUAAGAAAAGAAUGCUUCUUUUUGUAUUUUAUUGGGGUAUAAAAGGGUUGAUUGUGCACACAUUUCUAGAAUGAAGUGCUUGUGCGCUUCAUACGAAAUGUGCUUCAGUCAACACUUUUACAUCCAAUAAAAUUACAAAAAGAAACAUUCAUUUCUUAAAUAACUGUAUCAGUUUUUUUUUUAUAUACAGUCCAUGAUAAUGAUGUUCUUUAUGGUUGUAUGUAAUUAGAGGAAACAAAACAUUUAUCUGACUUUACAAGAUCAGUUUAUCACCUGAUGUAGGAAAGAACAAAUCAUAAGAGUUAAUUGUUAUUAUUAAUUGGAUUAAUGAUUUGAUUAUGUUAUAUUUAUAUUUUUUGUUGAUUUGUUUUAUAUUUUAACUUGGUGCAUUACUCCUAGGGCUUGUUUAUAUUACAUUUGUGAAUACGUAAUUGAUGUUAACCGAUCAUUUUAAUAACAUGUAUGUAAAUCAUAAAUCAUGCUUAUUUUUGACAAACCUUACAUCUCCUUUAUUCCAUUAUAGUUGCAAUAAUUGAAUGAUUAGACUUUUCAGAAAAUUGUAAAAUAAAUUAAGAUAUUGAAGUUAACAACAUUAAUUUGCUUACAUAUUGUAAUCUUUAUGGACAAUGUUUUAGAGUGGACAGGUGCUAAUCAUGUGUAAAGCGAAAAAUGAUUCAAAAGAAAAUGAAAAAAAUUAAUUUGGUUCUCAAAAUAGUUGAAAAACAGGCAAAUUAAACCCUUAAUUUCCAAAUUUAGCUAGUUUAUAACAUAUAGCAUACAAUAUAUGUAACACUGACUCAGUUCAAUACAAUUUCAAUAGAUAAACCAGAUAAAUAUGGUCCAUAAAUAAACCAGAUAAAUAUGGUCCAUAAAUAAACCAGAUAAAUAUGGUCCAUAGAUAAACCAGAUAAAUAUGGCAUAUCUUUGCGGGCGUCAUCUGUUCAUUCAAAAUAUGAGAUUGAUUUAUAUGGUCAGGAGUUAGCAUUUGACCCCCCAUGUGUAGGAAUUUUUAAAGGCGCUACUGGUGAUAUACACAAGUCAUUUUAAUUUUGAUCUCUUGAAUAUAUUUUUACAAAAUUUUAGUCAGUGUAGAGUAAACUAGCCAAUAUAACUUAUACAUAGAAUUUUACUGUUAGAAUAAUCAUAGUUUAUCAUCCGCUCAAUGUUUAUAAAGUUUUCUACAAAACAAAGAUUGCUAGCCAUAUAAGUCUACCACCAUCAAACAGUUAAGAUAAAUUUAGUUAGAAAGUAAUAGAAAAAGAAUCUUCAUUCUUGAAAUACUAAUUUAGGUAAAAUUACUUCUAUGUUACAUUGAUCUCAAUUAAACUGUUAUUCCCUUUGUGUUCAAUGCAAGCCCAUUGAUGUUUGUUUAAAGUCCAAAAACCCAAAGUCUUACACAAAAUUAAAAUGAUUUGAUCAACAAUGUAAUUGUAUUGUGGUGAUUUGAAUUAUUGUUAUUUACGAUGUAUGGUUUGUAAUUAUUCCAAAAUUUAGCUACUAAUAAUGUGUCAUACAUGGAUCAUUUUGCUGGUAGAUCCUUUCCAUAUUUGUGAUGACAGUGAUGUUACAUGAGUAUUAGGUUGUAAGACACCUUUUGUAUGCCUAUAAAAAAACCAUGAAACCUUUUGCAAUAGAUUUACCCGUUACACGAACAACUUUUUACAUUUGAUUUUUAUACUAAAAUCCGAACAAAGAUUUACUGUAAAUUUAUAAAUACUGAAAACCUUAUAACAAACUUUUAAGGAGAACAUGAGAAUAAACUUUUAAAGGAGAUUUGAAUACUAAUAACCUGUGAAAAAACUUUAACAUUAGAUUUAAUUACUAAAAACCUUUGAAAACACUCUUCCAGUAGAUUUAUUUACUUAUAACAAAAAAAACCCAACUUUAUAGUAGAUUUAUGAAUACUGAAAACAUUGAACUUUUAAAGUAGAUUUAUUAAUACUGCACACCUUUAAAACCUUCAAAGCAGAUUUAGAUACUAAAAAUAUGAGAAUGAACUUUUACUUAAGAUUUGAAUACUAAAAACCUGUGAAGAAAACUUUUACAUUAGAUUCAAUUAAUAAUAAACACAAACAAACAUUUACAGUUGAUUUAUAAAUACUGAAACCCUUUGAACAAACUUUUUAAGUAGAAUUAGAAAUACUGAAAACCUCUGACUUUUAGAAGAGAGACAAAGAAUACCAAAGGUACAUUCAAACUCAUAAGUCGAAAAUAAACUUGACAGCGCCAUGGCUAACAAAGAAAUAGACAAACAGACAAACAACAGUACACAAAACACAACAGUAGAUUUAUAAAUAUUAAAAACCUUUGACGUUUUAAGCAGAUUUAUUUAAUACUGAAAACUUUUGCAACAUUUUAAGCAGAUUUAUAUACUAAAAACCUUUGCACAAACUUUUACAGCAGAUUAAACUACUAAAAACCUUACAUGAACAAUUUUUGUUUGUUUAAGAAACCAUAUUCCCUGUUGUGCCAUAUUAUAAAUGAUGUAUAUAUUAUAAUGUUAAAAUCACUGUUGAAUGAAUAAUUAGAAACACUGGUUAUAAUAUGUUUAUAUUUAAAAGUGUUCCUACACAGAUAUUUAUAUGGUAAGGAGCAUCCAUUGUUUAUCCUUUUGAACUUUGUUUACAAAAUAUGCUGGCACAACCAUCUGCCAUGCAAUUUAAACAAUACAAAACAAUUAUUUUACCUAAGUUGAAAUUUUAAUUAACAGAUUUUUAAACUGUUUAUGGCAGUAUAAGUUUAUGUUUUUGUUGUUUUUGUUUUGAGGCAAUAUUACAUUCCAGAAGUUAGAACCUCUUUUGUUUUCUUUUAACCUCAUACUGCAUGUACAUUCAAUUAUAUAGUUAUAAAUGAUGUUAUAGAUAAUUCACACCAUGUUUUAUUUUUAGAGUUUAUUGACACAUAUUAUUUGUUAUGUUAAUAUAAUUUUCAGUCUAUCUCUUAUAUGUGAGAAAAUUCACUUUUUAUCUGUCUUUUGACAUGAUUUUGAGUAGAUAUAUUUCAUUCAAUAAUUCCCAUGAAAUACCGUUAAAUCAGAGGAAGGGCAGUGCAAAAAGUGUAGAUUUUUAUGUUCAUACAUAAUUGCAAGGUCAUUUUCAAGGUAUAAAAAGUUGAUAAAUUAGGAUUUUGAAAAUUCUUACUGUUAUACAGUAUCAAAGAAAACUAUGAAUUAUGCAAUAAUUUUAAACUGAUUCUAUGAGCCUAAACCAUUUUGGUAAAUGUUGACUAUUCUGAAAAAUGCAGGUUGUAAUACGUAUUAGGCUUUCAAACAUUAUAACUAUCAGUUUAUUGUUUAUUUUUGCAUUUUCCUUUCUCUGACUCGAGGAAAAUGUGACAAAAAGUAAGAUUGUAUGUGAACUGCAGCAAAGUAAAGAUAGGUUGUAUUUUUUACUUACACAUAAUGUUAUUUUUACAUGUAUUAACUGAUUUUAUUUACUAAUUUCUAUGUAGGAAAGAAACAAAUAAAUGAGUAUCUUUCAAUUGUUAAAGAGAUAUGAAAAUAUAUGUUGUUCAAAUGUAGCAAAAAAAUGAGAUUUUUCACUUUUACAUGUAAAAUGAUCUCAAUUGUUCUAUGUUAGAAUACAUUUUUGUAAAAUUUAGAUAUGACAAAAUAAAACGUCAUCAAUAUUCAUUAUAGAAAAAAAAUAAUGAAAUAGUCUUAACUUAAUAAAGUCGUGAAAAUUGAAA